UCAUUCGUUCUCUAGUCUAGUGUCGUCUUCGGCGGCGAGUGAAAUAUUCCUCCGUGCUAGAGCGAGAGAAACCCUAUCCCCCACUCCAGAUCCCAAUGGCAUCGACACCUGGCCGUCCCGAAGCCCCGCCGACGACGCUGCUCACCCUACCCGAGGAGCUUCUCGAGGAAGUCCUCCUCCGCCUCCCCGCGGCCGCUGACCUCGCCCGCGCCUCCAUUGCCUGGGUCUCCUUCCGCCGCCUGGUCACCGACCACCGCUUCCUCCGCCGCUUCCGCGCCCGCCAGCCGCCGCCUCUCCUAGGCAUCGUUUCUCACCAAUCCCACCGGUACCUGCCGCUGCUGCAGCUGGCCCAGCCGCCGCACCCAUCCGCCGCCGCGGCGAGCACUUUCGCCGGCUCUCGCGCCGCCGACUUCUCGUGCUCCUUCCUCCCCUCCGCCGAGCGCUGGCACGUGCGUGACCUGCGGGACGGCCGCGUCCUCCUCUCCGGCGUCCCAGAGGGGAGCAAAUUCUGUUGCCGCGACUUGGCCAGGGACCUGGCCGUCUGUGAUCCCCUGUACCGGCGCUACACCCUACUGCCUGCCAUCCCCGACGACCUCGCCGCUUUAGCGCAGCAGUCGGACAUGGGGCAUUUCGAGCCCUUCCUGGCUCCUCCGGCCGCCGAGGAUGAGGAGGGCAUUUCAUUCAGGGUUAUUUGCUUGGCGCGCUGCACAGCUAGGCUGGUCCUCCUCAUCUUCUCUUCAGGUUCAGGUGAUGGACAGUGGCGUGCUGUUACACUUGACAAUUGGGUCAGUUUGCUCGCAGGAUUGGACAACCCGGCUCCAGUCAUCAAGCCAGAGUCGUCCUUGUGGCCGCGAAUGCGCCACUAUGCACACGGAUACUUCUGUUGGGCGUUUUAUCCGGCGAACAAAAACAAGUUGAUCAUGCUCGACACACGCAGCAUGGAUUUCUCUGCUGUCAAUCUCCCACCUCGCACCAGGAAUACACAGGUUGCCAUUCUGGAGGCAGGGGAAGGAAGGCUUGGGAUGUUUAUCAUGAGUAUCUGACACCUGAACUCAGGUAUGCUGUGUUGCAAAAUGAUGGAGGUGGUGCAAACCAGUGGCUGUCACAAGGAAGGUUCAGUUUACCCGUAAACUAUCGCUAUAUGCUCGUGGGUGUAGCUGGGGGAUACUUACUCAUACAAUGGAUUCCGGAACCUGGGUAUUGCAGAGACCCUUCGGCAGAAGUGAUAGACUCGGAAGUUUUAACUCUGGAUCUAAGGACUUUACAGCUUGAGUGGUUCUUGACAUCUCAGUUCAGCAACAUAGGUUCUCAUUUGUUUGCCGGUUUCCCACCAUCCUUGUCUCCACCAUCUCUUCAACAUGAUGUGACGAACGCCUCCAAUUCUGAUAUCGAUGCCGCUGGGAGAUGAAACCUUGAUUUCUGAGGUAUAGAGCAGCAACUUGGAGCAUUAUGUACUGGAACCAUCAGGCUUUCCUUAUGCAGAUGCGACGAAGGCCUCCAGUUCUGAUAUCGAUGCCGCUGGGAGAUGAAAUCUUGACGUCUGAGUUAUUGAGCAGCAACUUGAAGCAUUAUGUACUGGAGUCAUCAGGUUCUGGUAUUAGCAGUAUCAGACAUCUGUGGAGAUGUAGGCUUUUCUUUUCAGGCUUGUUUGCGGUGCUGAGCGUUGUGCAGCUCGGUGCUUGUUUUCAUAUGUUUUGAGAGAAUAGUUGUGAUAAUCUAGCAAAUUUGUUUCGCAAAUCGAACCAGAAUUAGGCAAUUUCAGUCGU